ACCCACACAAAAGAGAAGCCAUUCCAGUGUACAGUCUGUGGAAAAAGGUUCUCUCGGUCUGAUCAUUUGAAACAGCAUAUGCGUACCCACACCAAAGAGAAGCCUUAUCAGUGUGCAUUUUGUAAUAGAAGCUUCUCUCAGUCUGGUAAUUUAACUUCUCAUUUGCUUAUUCACACAAAUUAGAAGCCUUUCUCGUGUACAAUCUGUACAAAAAGAUUCUCUCAUCCAAGUGGUUUGACAUCUCAUUCUCGUACUCACACCAAAGAGAAGCCAUUCCAGUGUACAGUCUGUGGAAAAAGGCUUUGUAACUCUAGCCAUUUGACUGUUCAUAUGCGGCGUACCCACACCAAAGAAAAGCCAUUCCAAUGUACAGUCUGUAUCAAAAGGUUCUGCACUUCUAGUGAAUUGACUGUUCAUAUGCGUACCCACACCAAUGAGAAGCCAUUCCAGUGUACAGUCUGUACUAAAAGAUUUUUCCAGUCUAGUAGUUUGACUUCUCAUUUCCAUAUUCACACCAAAGAGAAACCUCAUCAGUGUACAGUCUGUACCAAAAGGUUCUGCACUUCUGGUGAUUUGACUGUUCAUAUGCGCACUCACACUAAAGAGAACCCCUACCAGUGUUCAGUCUGCACCAAAAGAUUUUCCCAGUCUGGUAAUUUAACUUGUCAUAUGCGCACUCACACCGAUGAGAGUCCAUUCCAGUGAACAGUAUUUGAAAAAAGUUCUCUCAGUGUGGAAAAAUGAAUCAUUAUAUGCGUUGUUACACAUCAGUUUAGAAUGUCUAAUUUUAUUCUCUAUUGGUUUGUUGUCCAUCUAAUAUCUCUCCAAUAUAGUUCUUAUUAAAAAAAAACUUUAUUAUUUGGAAGAUUUCCAUUGCAAAAUAAGUUGACUGGAUGUUCCAUCCACAAUAAUUGUUAAUUAAUUCUUCAAAUAUCAAUAUUGUCUAUAUAACAUAAGUUGUGACUUAUGUUGCCAAAUUGUGCAAAAUUUCAAUCUCUUCAUGCAAGCCCAUAUGACAGGAUCUAUUCAAUUUGACAACGCUGAUGAUGCUGAGUUGUCAAUAUGAAUAUAUCCAGUCAUAUGGGCUUACAUGAACAAAUUGAAAUUUCGCACAAUUUGGAAACAUGGAUAUUUUCUCCAAGCCUCAACUAAUUUUAUACAAACUCUUGUACCAUGAUUGUUAUAUUGUUCUUUGCUACAUAAUAGUGUAUUCCUAGAUACAUAAGGCAGUUCCCAGCUACAUAAUAGUGUAUUCAUAGAUAUGUAAGCUUCCAUUGUGAAAAUUGUAAAAUAAAUAAAUAAGGCGGCUCCCAAAUUUGAUGAUUAAGCAACAAUCAAUAUAAAUAAAUAAACAUGAGACAUUAGUGCAAUAUUUUUACAUUCAGAUCGUUCUUCAACAAUGUAUAAAUAUUAUUAUUCAACAAAAUACUUUUCUCAAUUGUUGAAAUUUAUUAUUAAAUCGAGAAAUAAUAAAGAAGGUUCAGAAAU